UAUCUGCCCUUAAUCUUCGCUCCGUCGCAAACAAAAUCCAGACGCAGAUCACAACAAGCUUUACCUUAGAUUCAAAUCCCAAAUCAAGAUUAACAACAUCCACGGAAAAGAAGAAGAAGAGGAAGUGAAGCUGCUUCUAUGGACAUAUCAGGGAGAUACCUUUCAUUACUGCAAGCAAAGAAUAGGAACCUGCUUCUGAGCCACUAGUUUUUUUCUAUCUCCUUCAAAGCUAUUGCAUUCACGAUCAGAUCUUUUAUCCAAGGCAUCAUAUUCGCCCUGUGAUCACGAAGGUAUUGUCCCUGGUAGCAGUACUUACCGCCGGAUCAAGAACGUGUUAUCCUGAUGUCAUCCGUGUCGUCCUCAUCGCCCAGGGAUUUUGAUCCUUUGUUGAAGGAUUUGAAUGAGAAGAAACAAAGUUUCCGGCGUAACGUGGUGUCGCUUGCGGCGGAGUUGAAGGAGGUUAGGAGCCGUUUGGCGUCGCAAGAACAGUCAUUCAUUCAAGAAACCCUAACAAGACAGGAAGCAGAAACAAAGGCGAAGCAUAUGGAGGAGGAGAUUUUUAAAUUGCAGAAGAGGUUAGAGGAGAGAAAUGGCGAGCUUCAAGCAUCAGGCUCAGCUGCUGAAAAGUACCUUAGCGAAUUGGAUGAUCUUAGAUUGCAGCUUACAGCCACUCAAGCCACUGCUGAUGCAAGUGCAGCAUCAGCUCAGUCGGCACAAGUGCAGUGUUUAGCAUUGUUAAAGGAGUUGGACAAUAAGAAUAGUUCAUUGAAAGAGCAUGAGGAUCGUGUAACUAGGUUAGGAGAGCAACUAGAUAACUUGCAGAAGGAUCUCCAAGCAAGGGAAUGUUCCCAAAAGCUGCUGAAAGAUGAGGUCUUGAGAAUUGAACAUGAUAUCAUGCAAGCUGUUGCUAAGGCUGGAGCAAAUAAAGACUGUGAGCUCAGGAAACUUUUGGAUGAGGUUUCUCCCAGGAAUUUUGAAAAGAUAAAUAAGCUUUUGACCUCCAAGGAUGAAGAGAUAGCCAAAUUGAAAGAUGAAAUCAGGAUUAUGUCAGCUCACUGGAAGCUCAAAACCAAAGAAUUGGAAUCACAGUUAGAGAAACAGCGACGAGCCGAUCAGGAACUAAAAAAGAGGGUAUUGAAGCUGGAAUUUUGUCUUCAGGAAGCUCGUUCUCAGACACGAAAACUCCAAAGGAUGGGAGAGCGCAGGGACAAAGCACUAAAGGAGCUUAGAGAUCAGCUGGCUGCCAAACAACAAUCUGCAGCAGCUGUUGGUUCUGAGAAACAGAAUUUCUGGGAAACUUCUGGUUUCAAGAUUGUAGUCUCCAUGUCAAUGUUAAUCUUGGUAGUGUUUUCAAAGCGGUAAUUUCAAUUAGUUACGUAGUUAGUGUGUAUAAUGAAAUACCUUAAGAGGAUUUAGGAAGGCCAUAAAA